GCCUGUGGGGGCGGGGCCCAUGAGUACAAAUAGGGUGCGGGGCAGGGCCUGGCGGGGGCGGAGCCUCGGAGGCUCAAAUAGGAUGUGGGGCGGGGCCUGGUAGGAGCGGGGCCUUUGCUGCACAAGUAGGAAGCUGCGCCUGGUGGCGGCGCCCGCAAUUUUCGCGCCAAACUCGGAGGGGAAACCUAUCGUGCCGGCUGCCGCAGAGGUGAUCGCCGCUGCUAUCAUGGUUCGACCGCUGAACUGCAUCGUUGCCGUGUCCCAGAAUAUGGGCAUCGGCAAGAACGGAGACCUGCCCUGGCCUCUGCUCAGGAACGAAUUCAAAUACUUCCAAAGAAUGACCACAACCUCUUCAGUGGAAGGUAAACAGAAUCUGGUGAUUAUGGGCCGGAAAACCUGGUUCUCCAUUCCGGAGAAGAAUCGACCUUUAAAGGACAGAAUUAAUAUAGUUCUCAGUAGAGAGCUCAAGGAACCACCACAAGGAGCUCAUUUUCUUGCCAAAAGUCUGGACGAUGCCUUAAAACUUAUUGAACAACCAGAGUUAGCAAAUAAAGUAGACAUGGUUUGGAUAGUUGGAGGCAGUUCUGUUUACAAGGAAGCCAUGAAUAAGCCAGGCCAUCUCAGACUCUUUGUGACAAGGAUCAUGCAAGAAUUUGAAAGUGACACGUUUUUCCCAGACAUUGAUUUGGAGAAAUAUAAACUUCUCCCAGAAUACCCAGGUGUCCUUUCUGAAGUCCAGGAGGAAGAGGGCAUCAAGUAUAAAUUUGAAGUCUAUGAAAAGAAAGGCUAA